CACUGACAACCACAACACAACUAGCUGCCAGUUUACCUGGCUAACGGUUAACUAGCUUAAGUUACUAUUUUACAAAAUAUGACCCGCUAAAUGUGAGCAGAAGAAGACAUAUUAAAGAUACAAAGUCAGGUAACCCGUAGGAAAUAGAUGCUGAGCGCAGCCUUCCAGGAUGUAUGCUGUGUACAGACAAGCCCACACUCCCACCGCAGUGGAGUUUUCUGUCUACUGCAACUUUAUUUCCAGUAAGGAGAAGAAUUUGGUUGUUGCUGGAACCUCUCAGCUGUUUGUCUACAGGAUCAUCCAUGAUGUGGAGAGUACAUCAAAGGCUGACAAGUCCUCUGAUUCCAAAUCCCGUAAAGAGAAGCUGGAGCAAGUGGCAUCAUUUUCUCUCUUUGGCAAUGUUAUGUCAAUGGCCAGUGUGCAGCUUGUAGGAGCCAACAGAGAUGCACUCCUUCUCAGUUUCAAAGAUGCAAAGUUAUCAGUCGUAGAGUAUGACCCUGGGACACAUGACCUCAAGACACUGUCGCUUCAUUUCUUUGAGGAGCCAGAGCUCAGAGAUGGCUUUGUACAGAAUGUUCAUAUUCCCAUUGUUCGUGUAGAUCCAGAGAAUCGCUGUGCUGUAAUGCUUGUUUAUGGCACCCAGCUCGUGGUGCUGCCAUUCCGCAAGGACACACUAACUGAUGAACAGGAGGGUGGAGUUGGAGAAGGACCGAAAUCCAGCUUCCUACCCAGCUACAUCAUUGACGUUCGAGAGCUGGACGAGAAGCUGCUAAACAUCAUUGACAUGAAGUUCCUCCACGGCUACUACGAACCUACGUUGCUUAUUCUGUUUGAACCCAAUCAGACAUGGCCAGGGCGUGUGGCUGUGCGUCAGGACACUUGUAGCAUUGUCGCCAUCUCCCUCAACAUCAUGCAGAAGGUUCAUCCUGUCAUCUGGUCUCUCAGUAAUCUGCCUUUUGACUGUACACAAGUCAUGGCUGUUCCCAAACCCAUCGGUGGUGUUGUGGUGUUCGCUGUGAACUCAUUGCUCUAUCUGAACCAGAGUGUUCCACCAUAUGGAGUUUCACUCAAUUCUCAGACAGCUGGGACCACAGCCUUCCCUCUGCGGGUACAAGAUGAAGUGAAGAUCACACUAGACUGUUCUCAGUCUGACUUUAUUGCUUAUGACAAGAUGGUCAUCUCACUGAAAGGAGGAGAAAUUUACGUGCUGACGCUGAUAACCGACGGCAUGAGGAGCGUGCGUGCUUUUCACUUUGACAAAGCUGCUGCCAGUGUCCUGACAACCUGUAUGGUGACCAUGGAGCCUGGCUACCUUUUCCUGGGUUCCCGCCUUGGAAACUCUCUGCUCCUGAAGUACACAGAGAAGCUGCAGGAGACGCCAGCAGAGGAAGGCAAAGACAAGCAGGACAAAGAAAAAGAGAAGGAGAAAGAUAAGCAGGAGGAGCCACCCAGCAAAAAAAAGCGAGUAGAGUCUUCUACCAACUGGACGGAUGAGGUGGAUGAAAUAGAAGUGUAUGGCAGUGAAGCCCAGUCAGGCACUCAGCUGGCCACCUACUCCUUCGAGGUGUGUGACAGCAUACUCAACAUUGGACCUUGUGCAAAUGCCUCCAUGGGUGAACCUGCUUUCUUGUCUGAAGAGUUUCAGAGCAACCCUGAGCCUGACCUGGAGGUUGUGGUGUGCUCCGGCUAUGGCAAGAAUGGGGCACUGUCUGUUCUUCAGAGAAGCAUUCGACCGCAAGUCGUCACUACUUUUGAACUGCCGGGUUGCCACGACAUGUGGACAGUCAUCUCAAGUGAAGUCAAGGAAGAGAAAAAAGCUGUAAAAAGUGAUGAUUCAGAGGAUGGAGCAGACACUGAGACUGGUGAGGAUGGUGAAGAGGGAGAAAAAGACGAGGAAGCGGAGAAAGAGGAGGACAAGAAGACAGAGCCUCCUUUGGAGGAUGAUGCGAAGAAGCACGGCUUUCUUAUUCUCAGCCGAGAAGAUUCAACCAUGAUCCUUCAGACAGGUCAGGAGAUCAUGGAGCUGGACACCAGUGGUUUUGCCACUCAAGGACCCACUGUGUUCGCAGGAAACAUUGGUGACAACAAGUACAUCAUUCAGGUCUCCCCCAUGGGCCUACGUCUCCUGGAAGGAGUGAGGCAGCUUCACUUCAUCCCGGUGGACCUGGGCUCUCCCAUAGUGCAUUGCUCUGUGGCGGACCCUUACGUGGUUAUCAUGACUGCCGAGGGAGUGGUCACUAUGUUUGUGUUAAAGACUGAUUCGUACAUGGGAAAGACCCACCGACUGGCUCUGCAGAAACCACAGAUUCCCACUCAAUCUCGCGUAAUCACACUGUGCGCGUACCGAGACGUAAGCGGGAUGUUUACCACAGAAAACAAAGUGAGCUGCUCCAUUAAAGAGGACAACAUCACCCGCGGUCAGUCUGAGGCUGAGACCAUCAUCCAGGACCUCAGCAACACAGUGGACGAUGAGGAGGAAAUGCUCUAUGGAGACUCUAACGCCAGUGCAACGCCCGCAAAAGACGAAGUCAGCCGCAGCUCUGUGGCUCCAGUGCCUUCCACAAGUGAGACAAGCUCCACCAAAGCAGAGCCCACCCACUGGUGCAUCAUUAUCAGAGAGAACGGCGUAAUGGAGAUUUACCAGUUGCCAGAUUGGCGAUUGGUAUUCCUGGUGAAGAACUUUCCGGUAGGCCAAAGAGUGCUGGUGGACAGUUCCUCUGGCCAGUCCGCAACACAGGGGGAAGGUAAAAAGGAGGAAGUGACCCGUCAAGGAGAGAUUCCAUUAGUCAAAGAGGUGGCUUUGGUUUCUCUUGGCAACAAUCACAGCAGACCGUAUUUGCUGGUCCAUGUGGAACAAGAGCUUCUGAUCUAUGAAGCGUUCCCGUACGAUCAACAACAACCGCAAAACAACCUGAAAGUCCGCUUUAAAAAAGUGCCCCACAACAUUAACUUCAGAGAAAAGAAAUCAAAGCUUAAAAAAGAUAAGAAGGCAGAGAGCAGCGCCACUGAUGACAGUCUAGGGGCGAAGAGUCGGAUUGCCAGGUUCAGAUACUUCGAGGACAUUUCUGGAUACUCAGGGGUGUUUAUCUGCGGUCCGUCUCCUCACUGGAUGUUGGUCACCUCUCGGGGAGCGAUGAGGCUUCACCCGAUGACCAUCGAUGGCUCCAUCGAGUCUUUCUCCCCCUUCCAUAAUAUCAACUGCCCCAAAGGUUUCCUCUACUUCAACAAACAGGGCGAGCUAAGGAUCAGCGUCCUGCCCACCUAUCUGUCUUACGAUGCCCCGUGGCCAGUCAGAAAAAUCCCACUGAGAUGCACCGUCCACUACGUGUCCUACCACGUUGAGUCCAAGGUGUAUGCUGUGUGCACGAGUGUAAAAGAGCCCUGUACUCGCAUCCCCAGGAUGACUGGAGAGGAGAAGGAGUACGAAAUCAUAGAACGAGACGAGCGCUACAUCAAUCCUCAGCAGGAGAAGUUCUCUAUCCAGCUCAUCUCUCCAGUGAGCUGGGAGGCCAUUCCCAACACACGGAUCGACCUGGAGGAGUGGGAACACGUGACCUGUAUGAAGACAGUGGCCCUGAGGAGUCAGGAGACAGUGUCUGGCCUAAAGGGCUACAUCGCAGCAGGAACCUGCCUGAUGCAGGGAGAGGAGGUCACCUGCAGGGGCCGGAUCGUUAUCCUGGAUGUGAUUGAAGUGGUGCCAGAGCCAGGACAGCCUCUCACCAAGAACAAGUUCAAGGUGCUGUAUGAGAAGGAACAGAAGGGGCCGGUGACGGCGCUGUGCCACUGCAACGGAUACCUGGUGUCGGCCAUUGGACAGAAGAUCUUCCUGUGGGUCCUGAAGGACAACGACCUGACGGGCAUGGCCUUCAUCGACACGCAGCUCUACAUCCACCAGAUGUUCAGCAUCAAGAAUUUCAUCCUGGCAGCUGACCUGAUGAAGAGCAUCUCACUGCUCCGCUACCAGGAGGAGAGCAAGACGCUGUCUCUCGUGAGCAGGGAUGCCAAGCCCUUAGAGGUCUACAGCAUUGAAUUUAUGGUGGAUAACAACCAGCUGGGAUUCCUAGUGUCUGAUCGAGACAAGAACCUCUAUGUAUAUAUGUAUUUACCUGAAGCUAAAGAGAGCUUUGGAGGAAUGCGUCUGCUGAGGCGAGCUGACUUCAACGCCGGAGCUCACAUCAACACUUUCUGGCGAAUGCCGUGUAGAGGAGCACUGGACACCGGCAGUAAGAAGUCUCUGACCUGGGACAACAAGCACAUCACGUGGUUUGCAACCCUCGAUGGAGGAGUUGGUUUGCUACUCCCCAUGCAGGAGAAAACUUACCGCCGUCUGCUGAUGUUGCAAAACGCUCUUACAACCAUGCUGCCUCAUCACGCUGGUCUGAACCCAAAGGCCUUCAGAAUGCUGCACAGCGACAGACGGAGCCUGCAGAACGCUGUGAGGAACAUCCUGGACGGAGAGCUCCUCACAAAGUACCUGUACCUCAGCACCAUGGAGCGCAGCGAGCUGGCCAAGAAGAUCGGUACCACUCAGGACAUUAUCCUGGAUGACCUUCUGGAAAUCGACAGAGUAACGGCUCAUUUCUGAGCACCACAUUCCCGAGUCUUCUCCACUGAAUGAUGUUUUAUAGUGAAUGGAGGAAAGGUUUUGUUAUGGCCAUGUUUGUGCAAACCUUGUUUUUCUUACGUGUUAGACAAAAGGAGGCCCACCAUGUUUUCUUAAAAUAUUUUGUAUAGUAAAAAAAAAAAAAAAGAGAGAAACACAAAA